CCGUUCUUUGCUCGGGCCACAGACCGGUACAAAGCGCUCAGAUUAGUUCAACUCUCUUAAAUGGUUAGGGUGUCAUAAUUCAAACUCCCUUCGCCCUCCCUUUGAAGACAGAAGUCAGCUGAUGAAAAAUGUUCAGAGAAAUUUCUGUCGGUGCGAAACUACCUACUGUGAUUAUAGGGUUUCCUGGUGCGCUUGCCACAGACCUGCUGUAAUGAAACGAGCGUCUUUUGCUCCAAUCUGACAACAUCCGCGGGCAGAAAUGUGGAGUGAGGUGAAAAACCACACCAAAAUAGUUUUUCGCGGGGGAAACACAUCAGAGGUAAGACAGAAAACAAAAUAGGGAAAUUUCCAGGGAAGGGUCAAUACAAGCUGAAAAUCAGAGAUCUUGUUGGGCUAUAUAUGAAUUGGAUCAGAAUGCUAGGUCAAUUAUAGCAGAAAUCACAGACGGACAUGAACAGACCAGCAUGUUACCUCACUUCAUUGGGGGCUGUUCCAAUACACCCAUGGGUCCACUCUACAAAACAACACAGCAAUGGGUCUCAAAGCUCAACGGCCAACCCUCCUCCUUCACACAUGGACCCCUUGGCCAGAGGCAGUGGAAUCAUCCCAGGUGCCAUUGCAGCCGCGGUGUUCAUUGGGUUCAUACUGGCUCUCUACACAGUCCUGUGGAAGUGCAUGGUCUCACCACCUCAAAGACUGAGGAAGAGAGUGAGGGUUUGAGAGUAGAGGAGUCAAGCCAAGGCUUAACCCUUAAGAUCUCAUCUGCGAUAUCUGUCCAGAGGAUUUCUAUUCAAACUCAAGCACAUCUAAACCUCUCGUGUCAAAUGGAACCUGAAGAAUGUACACACAUUGACCUCCCAUCAAUAUGUUCCUGGCUGUCAGAGAGGGAUGGCAGAUCCUGUGAUCAAAGCUUGAUGGAAUGGACUCUAAAAAUCCUCUUUUAAUAAAGCAUCCUGUCAGUGAUUCUCCAUGAUCCAUGGAAGUCACUGUAUGACACUGUACUUUGGGAGACUUGAUCCUGAUAUGAACAGAGGCGUAGCCACACUGUUAAGCAUACACCUAUGUGCAGGUCACAGUUUUUCUGUCUAUGCUGGGAGCUUCGUACUACUGAAGGAAGAGGCAUCAUCAUCAUUGGUCAAAAAGCCUGCUGGCAACCAUAUGGAGUCUCAGGAAACAUUCCUUAUACAUCCCCAGAACAAUAAUGGAAAGGGGAACUUUAUUCAAUAUUCCCUUUUCAGUCAAGCAACUGAUUUUAUUUGUUUAGAUUUUGCUGUGCAAGAAUACCUUGUUUCUAAUCAUUUGGAUGUGUUUUUCUGAACUGGGUGAAGGUGUGUUGAACUGAGCAUCAGGGUUGAUUCAAAAAACAAACAAACAAGGAAAUGUGAUAUGAAAUGUUUUUAGAUUCCAUGCCACAUUAACUGAAUAUUGUACUAUAUUUUAGUGUAUAUUAGGUAUGUUUUAAUAUUUGUAUGUUAAUGUGUUAACAUUUUUGAGUAAAAUUCUAAGAUUUGCAUUCAAGGCCAAUUGUCUGCUAAAAAUACUGACUGUAUUAUAUGUUGCUUAUGGUCAUUAAACCCACUUUAACAGUU